ACUUUGCAUUCACCAUUUUUCUUCCUCAAAUCAACACAUACUCCAUUCCAUGCCUUCUUGUCCCAAACCAUUCUUUCCUUCUUCCUUAUUCUUUCCAAAAAUACUACUAUAAAUCUUGAUUUUUAUUAUUUUAUUUUAGUUUGAAACUGAUAAAGAAUGGACUACACUCUAUCUGGGGCUCGCUUGACUACCUUCCCAUGGAGCUCUCUUGCUGAUCCCACCUUCAAUUUCUUCUUCCCUCCACUUUUCCAUUCAAGGAAGAGUUUUGCCGGGAAGUCGUCUUCACACAGUUCUCGGGUCUCACCUUUCACGAUUUCUGCAUCAGAUAAGGAAUUUAAGCCAAGGAAGGAGAAAUGUUACAGCUUUAGCAGUAAAAUCUGUACCUCUCCUGGAAAAUUUACAUUUCAGCACAAGCCAAGGAAGAAACAUGGCACGUUGUUAAACCAUGGAGACGAAGAUGCUCCAUCGUUUAGUUUCUUGAAGAUUCUACUGACUUCUGGGUUUUUCACCUUCCUAACUACGCAGCAAGCCCUUGCAGCUUCAGACGUUGCUAGCACGUUUCCGUUUUUAGGGGAUGCUGGCGAUUUAAGCACAGGUUUUGCUUCAGCCUUCUUGCUCAUAUUUUUUUCAGAACUUGGGGAUAAAACCUUCUUUAUCGCGGCCCUUCUAGCAGCAAGAAACUCUGCUGCUGUCACUUUCAUCGGGACUUUUGGUGCACUCGCGGUUAUGACAGUUAUAUCGGUUGUUCUUGGACGAACUUUUCACUACGUUGACGACAUCCUUCCAUUCAGGCUUGGAAAUGCUGAUUUGCCUCUUGAUGAUCUUGCUGCAGUUUGCUUGCUGGUAUAUUUUGGUGUUUCAUCGUUGCUCGAUGCUUCAACGGGUGAUGGCCUCAAAGCAGAAGAACAGAAAGAGGCAGAAUUGGCUGUUUCCGAGCUCUCGGGAUCCGGUGCAGGCAUACUCUCCGCUGCUAACACUGUCUUCAGCACGUUCGUGCUCGUUUUCGUGGCCGAGUGGGGUGACAAAUCUUUCUUCUCCACAAUAGCGCUUGCCGCGGCCUCAUCACCCCUCGGAGUCAUUGCGGGGGCACUAGCUGGUCAUGGAGUGGCAACAUUGCUUGCUGUUCUAGGGGGCUCUUUCUUGGGAACCUACCUCUCCGAGAAGACUAUUGCGUACAUCGGCGGCACGCUCUUCCUCGUCUUCGCAGCAGUGACGCUAGUUGAGAUCGUGAGCUAGGAUUAGACCGCACGGGCUUCGGACAUAUUGAAGAGUUGAAUGACUUCAAUUUUUGGUAUAUUCUUCAAUCUUUUGAAUGUUCAAUGUAAAUUCAAAUAACAUUUUGAGCAUUUGAGUUUAUUUCAAAAGCCUUUGUUUUGAUUUAAUGUAAUACUACAAGAUAUGAUAUUUCUAAGCUAGUAGUCCAUCAUUGUAUACAAGCAAAUGCAUGAAUACGUUAUUUAUCU